CACCGUAUCUGCCACUUAAAAAAUCAAUUGUGCACGAAAAAAGGGGAAUACACGUAAAAUACAAACACUGGUGACGGUCUGUUUUCGGUGCACGACGGACGGCGACGAGGCGUCCCCGCGUCGUGCGGCGAGAGAAACGGCGGCGAAAGACAGGAGCAGCGGAGGAGAGAGAGAGAGGGUGUUGUCCUGAUGCUUAAAUGGAAGUGGGUGGGCCUCCACGGUCACACACUGCCAACUUCUCUGUGGAUAUUACUGUGACAAGCGCCAGUUUGCUCGUUUAUGGUCUGUCUAUCCGCUGAAAGGCGUACGGCGGGUCUGCGAGAAGGCGCACGGGCCGGUGGAGCGUCACUCGGUAUUUCCGUUAUUCGGGACUGCUUGAUUGUGCCUGCGCUUGGCACCGCCCUUCCUGGCCGGUGGGUGGUUUCGUCAAACGGGCAGAUACGCCACGGCCCAGCGCUGAACAUAUAGGCCGUCCUCCACCUCCGUACCCGGCCGGCCUUCUACCGUGAACUACACCCUCUCCCUCUCGGUAUAUUAAUGCGUUAUGAGUGACUCGAAGAAAGAAUCAUCGGGAACUGAAGGAGGGAAAGCAUCUAAAAAGGGGAAAAGUUCUGGUUCACAGGAUUCCUCCCAACCCUCUCCAUUGGCUCUACUAGCAGCUACCUGCAGUAAGAUCGGAGGGCAGGGGGGAGUGGAAGGGGCCCAGGCAGGAGCCCAGCAGAUCCAGGUCCAGGCCAGUCAGAUCCAGCUGCAGGCAGGUCAGCUCCAAGGUCAAAUAGUGGUGGACACAACAGGGGGGCAGGCCCUCGUGCCCCAACAGCUGGAGCUGGUGCCAGCUCAGUUCACGGGGAACGGUUGGCAGAUCAUUACAGCGGCUCCUACCAUGGCCAAGGAGAACCCCAAUCAGCCUGUCGCAGUGACAGUGGCCUCCACUUUGGGUAUUGACAGCUCACCUGGUGGACGCAAGGUGAAAGCAGUCAACAGUGUUGCAGCCAGUCAGCAACAACAACAGCAGCAGUUCCAGAUUAUCCAGGUUCAAAACCUGCCCAAUGCUGGGGGUGGGGUCCAGUAUCAGGUCAUUCCCCACCUGCAGACUGCAGAUGGACAGCAGAUUCAUAUCAGCUCAGCUCAGCCGGCUUCCCUCGGCGCUCUACCGGAACAGGUUCAACUCAUUCAGACCUCGAGUCCAAGCCAGACCCAGGCCAUCCUCCAGCCAACCAACCAACAGACCAUCUUGACAAGUACAGCCAAUCAGACAGUCCCACUGCAGAUCCGCCCAGCGCAGUCAUUUCCCCUGCAGCUGCAGACUCUGCAGGGUUCUCAGACUCCUGUUAUGACCACGGUACCCAUAAACCUUGGUGGCAUGACCCUGGCUCUGCCUGUGAUCAACAGUGUUGGUGGGGGCGGGGCUGUGCAGCUUAUCCAAUCAGCAGAUGGCACAUUCUCUGUUGCCAAUGGCAACCAGCUAGUGACAGCAGUCUCUAGUGCAGCUCUUUCUACAGCAUCAACAGGCUCAGCAGUAGCUGAAGGUGAUGGCAUGUCUGAAUCAGCACAAGUGGUUUCUACUGGAUCAGAGGGUGUGUCAGCUGACACCCAAGUGCAGAGCAGUGAGGCAGACUCUCAAAGCCAGAACCAGGCCAAUGGACUACAGAACCAGAUAGAUACAGGAGGAACCAUACAGCAGGUGAUCGUGGGUCAAGUGGGGCACCAGUUUGUGCAGCAGAUCCAGCUACAGCCCCAGGCUCAGAGUCAAGGUCAAGCCCAUUGCCAACAACAGCCUCAGCACAUUCAGACCGUCCAGCUAGCCCCAGGUCAAACCCUUCAGCCCAUCCAGACCUUUCAGAACCCAGCCCAGGUCCUUAUUCGGACCCCAACCCUGUCCCCCUCUGGGCAGCUCACCUGGCAGACACUGCAGCUGCCUGGUGGAGUCUCCCUGCAGGGCAGCCUGGGGACAGCAAUGCCACAGCAGCUGACACUUGCCCCAAUGGCCGGUGGGACAACAAUGGGGGGUGGAGGGCUGGUUUCCCUAAGUGGAACUCCCAUAACACUGAGCACAGCACAGAUCAACCCGGGGUCCGGGGUACAGACGGUCAGCAUCGCAGGGCUGGGCACUGCUGGAGUUCAGGUGCAGGGUGUUCCUCUCACCAUUACCAGUCUACAGGGUCAACCACAGGGUCAGGAUAGUCUCAAAAUCCAGUCAUCUCCAGUGACAGUCGCUGUUGGCAACGUGGCACCAGGCUCAUCUAUGAGUCCAGACCAGCUGGGCUCUGUACAGAGUUCUUCAGACCAGGAGGGACCUCCCAGCAAGAGGCUGAGACGUGUCGCCUGCUCCUGUCCAAACUGCAGGGAUGGAGAAGGAAGGAAUAGUGGGGACCCCACAAAGAAGAAGCAGCACAUCUGCCACAUGGAGGGCUGUGGGAAGGUGUACGGCAAGACGUCUCACCUGAGGGCCCACCUGCGCUGGCACACUGGCGAGAGGCCGUUUGUCUGCAACUGGAUCUUUUGUGGCAAGAGGUUCACCAGGAGCGACGAGCUGCAGAGACACAGAAGAACACACACAGGAGAGAAGCGAUUUGAGUGUCCUGAAUGCUCCAAACGCUUCAUGCGCAGCGACCACCUGUCCAAGCACAUCAAGACACACCAGAAUAAGAAGGGCGGAGCUGCGGUGGCAAUCAUUACCACUGAUGACAUGGAGGAAGAUGCCCCAGAAGGCCUUGGCGCCUCCCCUCAGAUUGUUACUGUGGCAACCCUCUCACGUGACUCUGACCCAGCUACACCCACCACCUCCAAUCACCUGGAGGAAGAGGAGGAGGAAGAGGAGGAGUUUGAAUAGGCAGCAGAUUUGUGUUUCUGUGCGACGGCUGAUUUCCUGUUCUUAUGUAGGGGGCUGUAAGGGUCACUACUUUUUCCCUCUCUUUUUACUUGUCAUUUUUAAAAUGUUCUCUCAUGAAAAGGGACUCUGAAGAGAGAUGGAGUCAUGCGAUGAACGGAAACCGAAAAAUAUACAUUUUACAAUCCAAAAAAGUUACUCAUAAUAUAACGACAAAGAAUUUAGCCCAAACAUAUGAAAGAGUAGUUUGGCGUAUAUAAAUAUGAAUCUAUAAUAAUUCCAUGCUCAGUGGGGAAAGGAAUGUAUGUAGUGUCUAGAUUAGCACAAGACAAGCUGAAUCUAAAUCCAUCUGACAUCGAGAGACAUUUUCCGAAUCACAACAGAAUCUAACUCUAUGCACAAAGUUGUGUUCCUGUUUCAUGCCUGUCAGACAGCACUGAGGGUCAAUCACGGUACAGGACUGUUGCAGAGUAGUGACAGAGCAGGGACAGUCUUGGAUUUGGGUGUGCGUGUGUAUGAACGAGUGUAUGUUUGUAUUCCCUUGCUGUCAUGGCGAGGAUCUACCUAAUUUGAGUUUUAUUCAUGGUUCAGGUUUUGUCCGCGGAUCAGAUUCAGGUGUUGAUUCCUUUGAGACCAGUCAUUGAAUAAACUGUAAACAGAGAGGGGUUAUUUCUAAAAAAAGAGAGAGAGAGAGAGUAGAAAAAAAAAAAGCACAUAUGAAAAGAUUUAUAAAUGACGCAUUCCUAAUGAGGUGCAGUGGCCAUUAGAAGAAAAGAGGUUUCUAUAGAGAAAAACAAUCCAGCUUUCUACAACUUUGUUUGUGUAGUGAAAGCAAUACUAUAAUGACAAUCCUAGUGAAACCAUGUUUACAUUGUUUGGGGAAGUUUUCAAGCCAGUUCGUUCCAACAAUAGGGGAAACAUCUGAAAGCAGGGCUGUCGUCCGAACAAAGCCAGGUUACUCUGCAGGUGCUGCAUCACAGCUACGGUUACCAUCCGACGGUGCCUGACGGACGUGACAGCGGUUUUGUCGGAUUUGUUUUUGUUUCUGUGCUCUGGUCACGACCCCCUUCUUCACCUCUAACCCUGCCACGUUACCGAUGUACCACAAUUGCCUUAAUACAAGCUGUUGUGCGGAGGGAACGUCAGAGUGAGGUGUACAGAGACAGUGGGCAGCUCUGGAGGGGGCGAUGUGGAGAGCAGAACACAGCACCGAGUGAGUCGGUAUUAAGUGCAGUGGGUGGGUGUGGGUUUGGCUUUUUAGCUAUGUGGAUAUUUGAGAUGUUUUCUGGUGGCGUUGCUCUGUGUUUGUUCAGUGCGUACAUGCUUCUUAAAUUAAAAUCAACUUUCAUUUUAUAGAAUUUAUUGUUUAAAAAAAAGAAAAGAAGAAAAUCCCACUUCCCAGUAUAUUAACACAGAGGACCUCACUGUGUAUGGCUAAUUUAUUAUUUAUCCUCGAUUUGUUAAUAUUUGCUUUUUGCUGGACUUGUAUUUGUGUGUGUUAUUUCCAAGGUUGUGCAUGUUUCAGUUUUUUGCAGUAGUGCAGCUUCUCUUCUUUACUCCUUGUGCUUGGUUUUUUUUGGUUUUUUUUCGGGGUUUUUUAUGUCUGACCAUUGCUGUUCAUUUCUUCUCUUUGCACCAUAAAACGUUUUUGGAGAAAAAUAAAUUACAAAAGAAGAAGGAAGCAAAAAAAGUUAAUAUUGUUUAAAGUUGAAAAGGUUGAUACCAAACAAAUGUAGAUGUUUUUGGUAAUAUUUUGUGUGACUACGAACUUUGUUUUCUUUGAUAUUUUGUAGUGACAUCUCAUUUGUAAAUCUUUUUCUAAAAAUGUUUGUUCGUCUCCAUGACAUUUGAUAAUGGUUUUUUGCCAGGUUAGCCUCAAAGGCUUCAGUCUAUUGAUAUUUUUAAAACUGGUUUGUACAAAUGUGUUAUGACAAUAAAAAAAAGGAAAAAAAAGAGGACAACUUCAAGCAGAAAAAAAUGCUUUGCCUGCAUAACACUCAACAAUAAAGUGAAAACUGUCUUA